CAGUCUAUUUUUGGAGGGUGGGGUCAGGUGCUGAAUGUUUUUGAAUCGCACUCCAGCCAGCACUACUCCUUCUCCCUCUCUUUUUAACCUCUAUCUGUGAGCUGUUCCAGUCUUGUCCACUUGGUAAUGACCCUGGAUAUGGACAACGUAGAGGUGUUUGAUGCUGGGGAGAAGGGCAGGGGUCUUAGGACCACCAAAGACCUUUGGGCUGGGGAGGUAGUGUUCGCUGAGCCCAGCUUCGCUGCAGUGGUCUUCGACAGUCUGUCUCAGCAGGUGUGCCAUAGCUGCUUCCGUCGCCAGGCCAACCUGCACCGCUGCGCCCAGUGUAAAUUCGCCCACUACUGUGACCGAACCUGCCAGACUGCAUGCUGGGAUGAGCACAAGCAGGAGUGUGCCGCCAUCAAGAAGUACGAAAAGGCUCCUAAUGAGAAUGUACGUCUUACUGCCCGUGUGCUGUGGCGCAUACAGAAGGACACAGGCAUCGUGUCGGACGGCCAGCUGACUUCUGUGGACCAGCUGGAGGACCACGUGGCCGACAUGCUCGCUGAUGACUUCAAAGAGCUCGAGAUCGACAUGCAAAACUUCCAGGACUACUGUCCCAAAACCAGGCAUGGCAAGGAGUACAUCUCACACAUCUUUGGCAUAAUCAAGUGUAAUGGCUUUACUCUGAGUGACCAGAGGGGUCUGCAGGCAGUGGGAGUGGGUCUGUUCCCUAACCUGUGUCUGGUCAACCACGACUGCUGGCCCAACUGUACUGUCAUCCUGAACCAUGGCAAUCAGUCAACUCUGAACGCAGCCUACCACUCUAAAAGGAGGAUUGAGCUGCGUGCGCUGAGUAAGAUUGCUGAGAACGAGGAGCUGACGGUCGGCUACGUGGACUUCCUGAAUGUGUCAACGGACCGCCAGCGCACCCUGAAGCAUCAGUACCACUUUGACUGUACCUGUCAAACCUGCAGCGAGCACCUCAAGGAUGACCUAAAGAUGGCUGCCAAGGAGACCGACGGAAACAAGCCCUCUGAUGAACUGGUAAAGGAGGUACAGGAGUUCAGUUUGGAGUGCUUGGCCAAGGUUGAGGCAGCUCGCACUGCUGGCAACUUCCAUGAGGUGGUGAAGCUGUGUCGUGAGUGUCUAGACAAACAGGAGCCCGUGUUGGGUAACACACACCUGUACCAUCUGCGUAUGCUGAGUACAGCCAGUGAGGUGCUGUCCUACCUGCAGUUCUUCUCAGAGGCUGCAGAAUACGCAGGCAGACUGGUGGAGGGCUACAUGAAGUUGUACCACCCAAAUAAUGCUUAUUUGGGCAUGGCCACCAUGCGGGCUGGUGUGACCCACUGGCACGCAGGGCUCAUCAAGGUUGCCCAUGAAAUGAUCUGCAAGGCCUACGCCAUCCUCAUGGUCACCCACGGACCCAACCAUGCCAUUACCAAGGACCUUGAGUCAAUGCGUAUGCAGACUGAGAUGGAGCUGAGGAUGUUCAAGCAGAAUGAGCAUUCUACCACGGCAUGAGAGGCUGCCCUGCAGAACAAGCCCAUGGCUGAAGCAAUCAGUGUUGAGGACAACAUAAAGGCCCUCAGCCACAAGCAAUGAGCUUCUGUAGACACAGCAUUUCAAGGGUAUGAGAGUAGUCACCAAAUCUACCCAGAAGUAUCACUGUUCUCACAUUGAAAGUGGGUUACACAAGUUUUGCAACAGCUAGAUAUUCUGUUGGAAUAUAUGUAGUUAAGUUCCUGCUUUUAACAUUGAGAUUUCCAUCUGUAUGAACUACAAUAUACAAGGAGGCCUCAUCUACAUCUGUAAGGCUCAAAGUACAUGUGAAUUCAUGAUUGCUCCCACCUUUAUGCUAGUAAACAUUGAAUCAGUGUACCAACCAUGUGCCUAAGUACCAUGUGAAAUAUUGAAUGUAAGAGGUAAUAAAAGUGAAAAUUGA